CAGACAAUGCGGAGCUCAAGGAAGGCAUCGCACGCUGCAUCGACGCUGUCAACAAGAUAAGCCGGGGGGAUGUGAGCGAGGAGGAGCUGGCGGCGCGCAGGGAGAAGGGCAUGGCAGACCCAGCAAUCCAAGCCAUCCUCACCGACCCAGUCAUGCGCCAGGUUCUGCAAGAUUUCCAGGAGAACCCGGCGGCUGCGCAGAAGCACACGCGGCAGCCGCAGAUCAUGGAGAAGCUGCAGAAGCUGGUCAACGCUGGCAUAGUGCGCAUGGCAUGAUCACAUCAUUUGUGAACGUGUUGCCAUUAGCAGUAGCAUUGUUGAGAGCUCAAGUUUGGUGCAAAGUUAUGCCGUCCAUCCAGCGGGGAAAUGGCGACACAAAACGAGUUUCUUUGGCCCAUACUUUGGACUGAUCUGCCAAACUAAUUGCGCUAAUUGUUACCUUGGCUGCAAUAUGAGAACGUGCGCUGGUAGGCAGAUUUGAAAGCACUCUGUUAGAAGGCCUGAAUGGGCUUUGAGCAGUAUCAAGUCAUCUUUCACUGACUGGGAUUAUCCUGGUGUAUACUAGAUGAUUCUGGUCUGUCUGAAGUGGCUCUGACCACAAAUGCUAAGAAAUGCCUUAUUUGCUUGCAGUGUUGCUGUGAACUAUAUGCGUGCGUUGCAGUAGAGCUGACUCUAUUUGGAACUUGUGGUGUUCCUCAU